AGAAGCUUGAACACUCAUCUCUCUCACCUGUGUGGUUACAACACUGAAUACAAAUUAUGGCUUCAUCUACAUCAGAUUCGGGUGUGAUGAGUGAAAAAAUUGAUGAGAAGAAGAGUGCUGAGGCUUCAUCUAAAUCAGAUUCGGGUGUGAUGAGUGAAAAAAUUGAUGAGAAGAGUGCUGAGGCUUCAUCUAAAUCAGAUCCUGAUUUGAGGAUUGUGAUGAUUGGAAAAACUGGUGUGGGAAAGAGUGCUGUUGGGAACACCAUCCUGGAAAAAAAACAUUUCAAGUCUCUUCCCAGUUCAGAGUCGGUGACUGAAACCUGUAAAGCAGGUGAAACAGAUGGGGCCGUGAGAAAAAUUUCUAUUACAGACACACCAGGGAUCAUUGACACUAAGCUAUCUGAAGAGAUGAUCAAAAAGGAAAUUAUAAAAUGUGUUGAAGUCUCCAGUCCAGGUCCUCAUGCUUUUCUACUGGUGCUCCAAGUCGGCCGAUUCACCACAGAGGAGAAAAACUCUGUGGAAGCCCUGCAGGAGCUGUUUGGUCCAAAAGCUAACAAUUACAUGAUUGUGCUGUUCACCCACGGAGAUGAUCUUGAAGACCAGGAAAUCACCAUACAGCAGUAUGUACGUGAAGCCAAAUCAGGCCUCAGACAAGUCAUCCAAAGCUGUGGAAACAGGUUCCACGUCUUCAACAACAGAAGCAAAGACAAACAGCAGGUGGAGGAGUUGAUCAAGAAGAUUGACGACAUGGUGGCAGUAAACGGUGGCACAUACUACACCAAUGCCAUGUACAGAGAGGUGGAAGAAAGGAAACAGAAACAGGCUGAGAUGGAGCAUGAAGAAUACAAGUUCCUGGCUCAACUGUUAGAGCAGAUUCUGCGUUUUCAUUCACGUCUUAAAAGAGAAUAAAAUUUUUUUAGAUGAUGUAAACCUGUAGACAAAUAUCUGUGGUGUUAAUUUGCCCUGGUUAGAUUUGAGAUUUAAGAAGAAUGCGUUUUAAAAAAGUAGUGAUAAAUCAAGCUGUGAUAUGCUACAAAUAUUUUUAUAAAAAAUAUUUCUUACAUAUAUAUAUGUGUGUAUAUCAGAAUCAGAAGACUUUAUUGAUCCCAAGGGGAAAUUAUGUUGGUUACAGUGCUCCAGUACAAUCAGUAACAAAAACGGACAACACUAGCAGUAAGAAAUAGAACAAUAUAUAUAAUAUAUACAUGCAUAUAAGUCGCUUACUGAUGAAUAUCUGAAUGAGAAGGAAAGAAAGAAAGAAGAGCAUGUGUAAAAAGGUUGUAGCUAUUGCAGUAUACAGUGUGUUAGGUGGAGGAGUUGUACAGGGAGAUGGCCACAUCUUUUCAUGUGUGUGGGGGUGCACAACUAUGUUUAUAUAAGAAUAUAUAUCUGUAAGCCUGUAUAUUUUGUAUAUAUGACAUGUUACUGGGCUUAAAAAUAAAUACAUGUAACAAAUGAUAAGGAAGAAUUAAUUAUGGACAGGGCAAAAACAGAAAGAAAAAGUGUUUACUAUUAGUUAGUGAAUAGUGGAAAAGGGAUAAACUUGUGCUUUAUCAUACUCCUUUCUGGUCAUAUAAGUUAUUUAUAAUUAUUAUUAUUUUUUCCUUUUGUUUUGCUUUGUUUGUUUGUGUCUCUUUUUCUCUGUUGCUGUUAUACUGUUUUAACAUGUUAAA